UCCCCGGUGGACGUUGCCCGCUCCGGCGGCCCGGGCAGGGAAGGCGAGCAUGGCCGGCAUCACUCAACUCUUCGACGAUCUGUGCGAAGCCCUCUUGCCGGUCACCCGGGCCCGCCCCGGCCUGCGCAGCGUGGACCGGAAGAGGGCGAAGCAGACCCUCAAGAAGGUGGCCUACAAUGCCCUUUUCGCAGACCUCUUUCAAGAGGACACUCGUCAGCUGCGGCCCAACCUGCCGAAACUCCCAGUGAAAAACAAGGUCCUCAUGAUGUCCUUUGACUUGAGGGUGGGUGGCCUGGGCCCCGAGGCAGACCGCUUGGAGGAGCUCAUGGAGGAGCUGCAGGCAGCCCCUGGCUGUCCGUUUGUGGAGGUGGGGUCGGUGUUGGAACUCCUGGUUCAGCUGGCUGGCAGCGGCCCUCCUCAGAUACUGCGCAGGAAACGAGACUACUUCAAGAAGCAUGCAGGUAGAAACGUUCCCUACAGCGGCUAUGAUUGCUGUGACCUGAGUGUGCUUGAGAUGGAUGUUCGGUCUCUGAUCUCCAGAGAAGGGUAUUUGUGUCAGAACAUGAUCCAGGAAACACUUCAGAUGAUGGAGGCUGCUCCAGGAACCCAUCUGCCCACCAUGGGGCACUUCUCUUUUGGUGACCCUUGUGGUGACAAGUUUGAAAGAGACACUCGGGUCUCACUUUUUGGUGCCCUGGUUCACUGCCGAACUUACGACAUGGAUGUGAGACUAGACCUGCCCCCAGUGCCAGACAGCGCAGACCUCUCUGGACUGGCCAUUAAGGUCCCUCAGAGCAUGGAUCAGUGGGAAGAUGAAGGGUUCCAGUCAGCAUCCAAUUUGACUCCUGAUUCCCAGUCUGAACCAAGCAUGACCCCAGAUGUGGACCUAUGGGAAGUUGCCCUCACAUAUGAGGCCAGCAAGCGGAGGUGCUGGGAGAGAAUCGGAUGUCCUCCUGGCCACAGAGAAGAGCCCUACCUCACAGAGGCAGGCAGGGAAGCCUUCGACAGGCUCUGCAGACUCCGCCAAGGGGAGCUGCAGGUGCUCAGUGGGGGCCUUCUUCAGGCCCCAAGGCCUGUGCUAGUGAAGGAGAGCGAGCUGGUAAAGGAUUCACUGAACGUCCUUCUGGGAGUUGUUUCUGCCACAUUUUCCCUCUGCCAGCCAACUCAGGCCUUUGUGGUGGAGCAGGGUGUCCACGUGGCAGGCACCUCACCCGAGAGCAUCUGCAGCAUCCUGUCCCAGAUAGCCGAGUACGGGACCCACUACAUGCGCCUGAGCCACUUUUCUCUGCAGCCUGUCCAGGGCUCCAUGUGCAGCAGAGGCCUCGUGUUCCAGGCCUUCACCAGUGGCUUGAGACGGUACCUGCAGUAUUACCGGGCCUGUGUCCUCUCCACGCCACCUACCUUGAGCCUCCUCAGCAUCGGCUUUCUCUUCAAGAAACUAGGCAGGCAGCUCAGGUACCUAGCUGAGCUGUGUGGUGUUGGCACUGCCCUCCCGGGGACCACUGGAGGGGAGACCAGGGCUGCGUUCCCCACUGGAGUGAAGUUGCUGUCCUACCUCUACCAGGAAGCACUGGACAACUGCAGCAAUGAGCACUACCCUGUGCUGCUAGCCCUGCUGAAGACCAGCUGCGCCCCCUACACACAGUUCAUCCAUGACUGGGUGUACAGUGGGGUUUUCAGAGAUGUUUGUGGGGAGUUCAUGAUCCAGGUGAACCACGAGUACCUGGGCUGCAGAGACAAAUUCUACUGGACCCAUGGCUACGUGCUCAUUUCCAAAGAAGCAGAAGACUGUGUCCCCGUGUUUCUGAAGCACAUUGCUCACGACGUGUACAUCUGCGGGAAGACCAUCAACCUGCUGAAGCUCUGCUGUCCCCGGCACUACCUCUGUUGGUCUGAUGUCCCUGUACCUCGCAUCUCGGUGAUUUUCUCCCUCAAGGAAUUGAAGGAGAUUGAGAAGGACUGUGCUGUCUAUGUUGGGCGAAUGGAGAGGGUGGCCCGCUACAACUCUAUCAGCAAGGAGGAGAAGGAAUUACGUAUGGAAAUUGCCAAGCAAGAACUAAUUGUCCAUGCUCGGGAAGCCGCAUCCAGGGUGUUGAGAGACCUAAGUGACCGCCAGGUGUCUGAGCAGAUGGCCCUUGAUGCUCGGAAGCGGGAGCAGUUUCAGCGGCUGAAGGAACAGUUUGUGAAGUCCCAGGAGCGACUCCUGGCAGCCAGACAGGAGGAGAUGGAUGAUGACCUGAGCACUGCCCCGGAGCUCCGUGACCGUGAGAAGAGACUGAAGGCCCUGGAGGAGGAGCUAGAGAACAAGGCCAGGCAGGCGCUGGUUGACCAUUAUAGCAAGUUGUCUGCAGAGGCAGCUCAUCGGGAACAAAAGGCACUGUGGAGGAUCCAGAGGCACCGCCUGGAAAGUGCACGACUUCGUUUCCUCCUAGAAGAUCAGAAGCAAAUCCAGGGGAUGCUGAGAGACAGGUCGGAAGCUGGUCAGCCCCAGGAGACUCUGGGUAUUCUCCCCAUCUCACAUGACCAGGUCGCAUCUCUAGGAUCUGAGCUCCCAGAUGGAGGCUGUGGCCAUCAAUCAGUUCCCACAGAGCAGCGGGCCAAGCAGGAUUGCCUAAGCAGGCCAAGUGCACACACCCCACAGUCCCCUGAGUCUCAGGCAGUCGGGGAUGAGGGCUCCGGCUCUGAACCAUUUCCUGCUGUCCUCAACAUCGUGGAUUUCUUGCCUAUGGCAACGGGGUCUAAGCAGGCCAUGCCAGAUGCGGGAGCCCCCCUCCUGGAAGAGGCACUGCAGACCAUCUGUGCAGACCUCACCCCUGUUGCCCCUGGGCAGGCACCUGCAGCUACUGGCAAGCACACUACCCCAGUGGAGUAUGAUUUCAGUACUGUCCUGAGGCCAACUGUGGCCACUUUGCCUUCACCAAGGCUCUUUCAGACUAUCCAGGGUAGCUUGGGCAGUACAGAGCAUCCAUCAGGACACACACAACUGAAAUUGGAUGUCUGUGCCUAUAACACACAGAAGCCUCUACCUUACCUGCUCAGAUGUGUCAGUCCUGAGGCAGGUAGUCAGCCUAUACAGCAGCUCCUUGAGCAAAAGGCAGAGGCUGCUGCACCCACAGAGGACUGUGCUUCUGGAAUGGCUCUGUCCCGGCCACAGUGGAACAUCCACGGACAUGCAUCGGAUGCCAGCAUCAGGGUUGGGGAGAACGUGUCAGACGUGGCUCCUGCCCGGCCACGGUGGAGCGUCCACGGACAUGCAUCGGAUGCCAGCAUCAGGGUUGGGGAGAACGUGUCAGACGUGGCUCCUGCCCGGCCACGGUGGAGCGUCCACGGACAUGCAUCGGAUGCCAGCAUCAGGGUUGGGGAGAACGUGUCAGACGUGGCUCCUGCCCGGCCACGGUGGAGCGUCCACGGACAUGCAUCGGAUGCCAGCAUCAGGGUUGGGGAGAACGUGUCAGACGUGGCUCCUGCCCGGCCACGGUGGAGCGUCCACGGACAUGCAUCGGAUGCCAGCAUCAGGGUUGGGGAGAACGUGUCAGACGUGGCUCCUGCCCGGCCACGGUGGAGCGUCCACGGACAUGCAUCGGAUGCCAGCAUCAGGGUUGGGGAGAACGUGUCAGACGUGGCUCCUGCCCGGCCACGGUGGAGCGUCCAUGGACAUGCAUCGGAUGCCAGCAUCAGGGUUGGGGAGAACGUGUCAGACGUGGCUCCUGCCCGGCCACGGUGGAGCGUUCACGGACAUGCAUCGGAUGCCAGCAUCAGGGUUGGGGAGAACGUGUCAGACGUGGCUCCUGCCCGGCCACGGUGGAACGUCCACGGACAUGCAUCGGAUGCCAGCAUCAGGGUUGGGGAGAACGUGUCAGACAUGGCUCCUCAGUUACUGCAGGACACCCAUGGGUGCAACUCUCAGUGCCCCAUGAUUCCAGAAGCUGAGCCCAAACCUCCCAGGUCCCCCCAGAAUCCUGGCCUUACCCCGGAAACACACAGCUCUGCUCUGAACUGUGGGCCACAGCUGCCUGAAGACGUGGGGCCUGCCUUCUACCCCUCAAGCCCAAGUGGUGUGGAGGGCAGCUUGCAGACCAGGCCCCCUGCUGCAGCUGAGCCCCGGGUUCUGGGAGAUCACAUUCCUGAAAAGCCAGGCCCAGGGGAGAAUGGAGGCAAUGGAGGCAAUGCAGACCUCUCUCCAGACCUGCCCAAGAACUCAGAGGAAGAGACAGUGAGCCCAGGUUGCAGUGAGGAGGUGGUGGACACAGAUGUGGAGGCAGAGGCCAGGCGCCAGGAGGAGGAGCAGGCUUACCUGGCAGGGCUUGCCCGGCUGUAUCAUCUGGAGCAGUACCCAGACAACUACGAGUCUCUGUCAGAGCCGCCUCUCGCCCACCUGGUUCACCACGUGCUUCCCCAGGCCUUCGCCCUCCCUGUGGACCCCCAGAUCCAGUCAGCUGUGGACGAGACGGUGGUCCAGCUGAGUGAGCUGCUGACGCUGCCUGUGCUCAUGAAGCGCUCCCUCACGGCGCCGCUGGCCGCCCAUGUCUCCCUGGUGAACAAAGCUGCAGUGGACUACUUCUUUGUGGAGCUUCACCUGGAGGCGCACUUUGAGGCGCUACGGCACUUCCUGUUGAUGGAGGAUGGAGAGUUCGCUCAGUCCCUUAGUGACCUGCUCUUUGAGAAGCUCGGGGCCGGGCAGACCCCGGGGGAGAUCCUCAACCCGCUGGUCCUCAACUGCAUCCUGAGCAAGGCGCUGCAGUACAGCCUCCACGGGGACACCCCUCACGCGGCCAACCUGUCCUUUGCCCUCAAGUACCUGCCCGAGGUGUUUGCCCCCAAUGCCCCAGAUGUGCUGAGCUGCCUGGAGCUCAGGUACAAGGUUGAGUGGCCCCUCAACAUUGUCAUCACCGAGAGCUGCCUGAGCAAGUACAGUGGCAUCUUCUCCUUCCUGCUGCAGCUGAAGCUCAUGAUGUGGACGCUGAAGGACAUCUGCUUCCACCUCAAGCGCACAGCCUUGGUGAGCCAGGUGGCCAGAUCUGUGCAGUUCCGCCAGCUGCAGCUGUUCAAACACGAGAUGCAGCACUUUGUGAAGGUCAUCCAGGGCUACAUCGCCAACCAGAUCCUGCACGUCAGCUGGUGUGAGUUCAGAGCCCGACUGGCUGCAGUGGGCGACCUUGAAGAGAUCCAGCGUGCUCAUGCCGAGUAUCUACACAGAGCCGUCUUCAGGGGCCUGCUGACAGAGAAGGCCGCGCCGGUCAUGAACAUCAUUCACAGCAUCUUCAGCCUGGUGCUCAAGUUCCGGAGCCAGCUUAUCUCUCAGGCCUGGAGCCCAACCAGUGGACCCCGAGGCGCAGAACACCCCAACUUUGCCCUCAUGCAGCAGUCCUACAGUACCUUUAAGUACUAUUCCCAUUUUCUCUUCAAAGUGGUUACCAAGCUGGUAAACCGAGGCUACCAGCCCCACCUAGAAGACUUUCUGCUGCGGAUCAACUUCAACAACUACUACCAGGAUUCCUGAGGCCGAUCAGACU